AUGCCUCCCAACCCCACGACGCAGAACAACGAGAACACCAUGCCAGAGAGGGCAAUUGCAAGCACCGACGCCGAAGUUGAAGAACUCUCAGAUCGCAUGUACAUCGACAACCUCCGCUCACUCGCUCUCCAUAUCUACCAUGCGCUGGAAAGCAUCAUUUGGGACCAUCAUAUGCUGGACGACGGUCUCCAAAACUAUCUAGAAAUAUUCCAGGAGAUGGGUCACUGCAGCGGCGACGAGCUUACCACCGCCACGCCAGCCGGCGUUCAGGACACAGCUCCUUACCCUUGCCCCCACAUCCUAAGGAUCCUCAGGCCCACAGUGUUGAACCUUCUCAGCUACAUGAUGCACCUCGCGGACAAACUAGAUUCAGCGGCAUCGCUGUGUGCGAAGGAUGCAUGGACCGGUUUCGGCGAUGAGGUUUUUGAUGCAGCAACGAAAAUGCGAAAUAGUGCGAGGAAGAAGCAAAAUCUGGUAAAGCAAUGUGCGGCGGAGAUUGAGGAGAUUGUACAGAAAAUGAAGCAGAGGGGCGAUUUCUAG